AUGAAACCCUUUCUCCUCUUCAUCUCCCUCACUCUUACUUCCACAUUCUUCUCCUUCUCCUUCUCUCAGGAAGCCUCAGCAGCUCCAGAGAAAAGCGACUUGCAAACUUACAUUGUGUUUCUAGACAAGCCAGAAGGUCGAACGUUAUCCACAGAAGGAUCAGAUGAAGAUUUACACAGCUGGUACACCACAUUUCUCCCUGAAACCACCUUAGCCACAAACCAGCAAGAGCGCCUGGUGCAUUCCUACCGCAAUGUGGUCACAGGAUUUGCUGCUAAGCUCACAGCUCAAGAAGCCAGAGCCAUGGAAGACAAGGAAGGCUUUGUCUCGGCCAGAGUUGAGCGAUCUUUGUCCCUACUCACAACUCACACUCCCAAGUUUCUUGGUCUCCAGCAGCAGCAGCAGGAUCUAGGGGCCUGGAACUUGUCGAAUGCCGGUGGAGGAGUGAUCAUUGGUCUCAUGGACAGCGGGAUCAAGCAAGAUCACCCUUCUUUCUCGGACGAAGGCAUGCCUCCCCCGCCUUCCAAAUGGAAAGGCAAGUGCGAGUUCAACGGCAAACAGACAUGUAACAACAAGCUCAUCGGCGCGAGAAGCUUCCCUUCUGGAGGGGAUACUAAUACUACCCCGUCGGAAGAUGUCGAUUUCUACCAUGGUAGUCAUACUGCAGGGGAAGCUGCAGGGAGCCCUGUUCAAGGCGCAAAUGUGUUUGGACAAGCAAAUGGGACGGCAAUGGGAAUCGCCCCCAAAGCUCACCUAGCAAUGUACAAGAUAUGCCUAAAAGAUGAAUGCUUCGAGAGCGGGCUACUGGCAGCCAUGGAUGCUGCUAUUGAAGAUGGCGUUGAUGUUCUUUCGUUGUCGAUUACUGACGGAUCAAGUCCUUUCUAUGACAAUGCGAUUGCCUUGGCUACAUUUAGAGCCAUUCAGAGUGGUAUCUUCGUGAGCUGCUCCGCUGGAAACAGUGGACCCUCAAAGUCUUCUGUGGUCAAUGAUGCACCAUGGAUUUUGACCGUUGGAGCGAGCACAAUCGACAGGGAGAUAAGAGCAACUGUGGUGCUAGGAAACAAUAUGAAGCUCCAUGGCCAAUCCGCCUAUCAGCCAAUUGAUUUCAAUUCACGUCAAUUGUCAAUCAUCGAUCCUGCAGCAACUGGGAUAAAUGCAUCAACAACAUUUUGUGAAGCAGGGUCAUUGAAGAACAUUGAUGUUAAGGGCAAGAUAGUCAUAUGCGAGAUUGGAGGUGAAAAUACAAGAAUCGAGAAGGGACAAGAAGUGAAGGAUAAUGGUGGAGCAGCCAUGAUCUUAAUCAAUAGUUUGGGUGAAGGGUACACUACUUUUGCUGAUGGCCAUCAUCUCCCUGCAUCGCACGUCAGUUAUCAGGAUGGAUUAGCAGUGAAGGGUUACUUGAACUCCACAGAGUCCCCAACUGCCACAAUCUCAUUUCAAGGUACCUUGAUUGGCAAGUCAAGUGCACCACAAGUAGCCUCGUUCUCAUCGAGAGGGCCUAGCUCGCAAUCUCCAGGGAUCUUGAAGCCUGACAUCAUUGGACCGGGGGUGAACAUUUUGGGUGCUUGGGGAGUCUUUGUUGACAAUGCUACAAACUCAUUCAAUAUUGUCUCAGGAACUUCAAUGUCAUGCCCACAUCUCAGUGGAGUCGCAGCUCUAAUCAAGAGUGCUCAUCCAGAUUGGUCCCCAGCAUCGAUAAAAUCAGCCAUUUUAACCACCGCUUACACGCUCAAUCGCGGUGGUAAUGCAAUCUCCACGGAGCAAAACGCUUCUGCUACCUUGUUUGAUAUGGGUUCCGGCAAUGUCAACCCACCAUUGGCGUUGAAUCCAGGAUUGGUAUAUGACAUCCAUCCAGAUGACUACAUUCCUUACCUCUGUGGGUUGGGUUAUAAUGAUAAAGAGGUAAGAUUGAUUGUGCAACGAAAGGUGAAUUGCUCGAAUGUAUCUUCCAUACCCGAGGCCCAGUUGAACUAUCCAACGUUUUCCAUCUCGUUGGGUUCUGGUGAUCACAAGACUUACACAAGAACAUUUACUAAUGUUGGCCUGCCUAACUCAACGUACACCUGCAAGGCCUUAUCUCCCGAAGGCGUUGAGGUUAAAGUCGUGCCUAAUGAGAUCAAGUUUAUGGAAUUGGGAGAGAAAGCGAGUUAUUCAGUGACAUUUGGCAUAUUGGGAAAUGUCACAAGAAGUAGUAUUGGUGAAGGUUACUUGGUGUGGUCGUCAGUUGAUCCUGAAUAUGACGUUGUGAGUGCUAUAGCAGUUGUCUUUGUUUGA